AAAAGGCUGCAGGAGCACUAUUCUUCGCCGUUGCUGAGUUCAAAAUGAUGAGCAGCAGACACGAGGCUAACCAUGCAGGAAGCAUUGCAUCGGUGCUAGCGAAAAUAAUCGAGCCAUUCACAAAUGGAUACUGCUACGAUGCAGGGAGAGACAUCAACAUGGCGUGGCUAGGUAAAAAAACAACCUUUCCGUACAUUAGCGGUCAAUGGCAUUCUGCGAGAAAAAUAAUUAACCUUGCAAAUAGAUAAGACAAUGCAUUACCUUGCAAAAUUUUAAAAAUUAAGGGAUUUGGCCAAAAAAUACAAUACACUAUAAAUUGUUGCAGGUACUACCGUAAGAGCGGAUGUGAGCAGGAUGCUGGACGAAGCAUCAUUAUUUGUGUGCCGCAAUUGGCAAAGACGAGGAUUUGCUUUUGAAGAUGGAAGCUCAGACCACAACGAUGCAACUGGUAGUGCAUCUAAUCAAGAUUGCAACUUCCGCAAGCGGCCACAUGGACCAAACAGCUUAACCAUAUCUGGACAAACUAGUGAAGAAAGAUUCACUCAUACAUCAGCUACAAAUGGCUACAUACGUAUCGAGUUGUAUGGUCCAACUGAUGAGUGUGACAGAGUAACCUCAUAUGAGACCUUCAAGAAGGCUCUUGCAAUCCGUGCCCUGGCAAGGUAUUAUAUUUCUCUGUGCUGCAUGAACCGACGCAACUGUCUACACAAAACAUGUAUAACAUGCCAACAAUGCAACCACCAUCAUCUGAACACCAGUGGGUUUAGAGAGGAAUCAGCGGCUUCAAAAAGAAAUUCUUCAACUCUAUCAAAUUAUACACCACAGUGCAGCCCUGUGAUCCUACACUAUACCCCGAAACACAUCGAGGUCCCGUACAAUUCAUUCCAGAGUGGAGAUGAAUGUGUGGAAGGCUAUAUCCAGCGACACAUAUUUGAAUCAAUAUUUAUUGUAAGUUGA